UGGAGCAAGGUGUUCACAGCUUUGGUUGGAAACGAGUCCUGGGGGGACUUCAGUCCUGACUUCCAAGUUUUGCUCUCAGCGAGUCACGAGGGUGACCAGGGAGUAGACACUGCGUUUCUUCUCCAGCGUGGGCAAGGUUGCACCCGGUCGUGAAGCGCACACUCCAGUCCAACCUGAGCUUUCUCAGGACAGGCGAAAGCUUGGCCCUAUUGGGAACAGAGGCAAAGCUCCCUGAGGCUUCAGUGGGGACAAGAUGUCCCUAUUUUGGUUUAAGAAUCCAGCAUGUCCAAAAUAUCUCCUGCCAAGGUUAUUGGGGGUGAUCUGACCAUCAGGAGGGAAUGCAGUGUGUCAGAGGUACAAUGGCUUGUUACGGUGACAAUCCAGCUUUGCUCUCGGGACAAUAGACCUAGAUUCUCUUAGGGUGAAAUUAUGAGCAACUCCAGCUGAGUUUAGAUUAGUGCGGUAUUGGGGGUUAAAUGUCAAUUAGCAGCAGAAAGGCAGGGCACUGAGAUCUCGUCUGACCUUCAGACACAGCUACAUGUAGGUAGCUGGGAAGAUUAGUACAUUGUCUUCAGCAGCUGAGCUAAUCAAAGGGAAGAUUUUUAACUGGGUUUAAAAUACAUCUGGCUCCUGCUCUCCGGCUUCUGUGGGAGAAGAAAUAAGCCUGCAUUGAUGUCCCUAUUGUUAGACAACAGAACGGGCCGGUUCCCAUUCGUGCAGCAGCAUCAGGGUAAAUGGAAAGGGUCUGUGUUAUGAAUAAUACUAAGUUUAUCCGGACUUUUAAUUACUGCAGGGUUGCACAGAGAUGGUAAUGCUUUUCAGAGGAGGGUUUAUCCAAAGCCAAAAGAUAAAAGCCGCCCUUUCGCAGAAGCUUUCAUCUGGGGGAAAAAAAAAAUAAAAAAGGAUAAUUAAAAAUUGUCCCAGAAGGGGGAAUUCCUCUAUCUGUUGAGAAAUUGGGUAGGAUCAGUUAAUUAGGUCUCAUCAGGAAGGGCAUGGCAGACCAGCUGUGGGCCAAUCAGUGAGGAACAGUCAAAAAUCUUAAUUGUCCCACUGGAUGGAAACCUGCUCGUUAUAAAGGAAACGGUGCACGUUUUCCUGAGAGCGCAGCAGAUAAGGGACUUUGCAGACUGGGGAAUACAGAACCCACCCCCUUGGCAUGAACUUCCCCGGUGCCAGUUUCUGCACGUACCUAGGACUACGGCCAGUCCACGGGGAGAAGGGCUGUCCUCUUGAAGCACCAAGCAGCCACGCUUAGGUGCAUGAAGCAGGACCAGUGCAGCUUGCCUUUCUUUAUCCUAAACUUGCCUUUCCUAAUCAGCUUGAUUUAGCAGCUGCAGCCGGAGGCCUAAGGGUGGGAGGCAAGCGUCUCAUCUGACUUCAUUGCUGUUACUCAUCCAGGGCUGAGGUGGAAGCUGCCUGGAGGUGGCAUUAGCCCCAGCUAGAGCUCAGCUUGGAGCCACCUGAUUAGUUGGCGAGGUGGUGUCUUCUCCCGAGCAGGGAUGCAUGCAUUCAGAAAUGUGGGGAGGUCCCUCCCCGUUAUUACAGCAAGGGAGUGCACUGAGAUGCUCAUCUAGAAGAGCGCAGGCCCCUGGUGGGUCCCACAGUGCAACAGGGCUCAGAGCUGCACAGUUUUGCCUCCAUGUAUAUCCGUCCACGCCUGCUGCUUCUAACUAGUCGUCUGCAGCAGCAAGCGUUACGCUGGAGACAGAGGGCAGAGAAAAAAGCAUGCAUCCUGCUGGCUUCUCACCCUAGGCCCAGAACAGUCUCUGGGCUGAAAUGCACCCCACAAACCUCACGGCACCCCCAUUUCAAGCGGUUAAAUACAACACUCCUAGCACCGAGCAGUGAUAAACAACUCCCACUCCCUGCGUGCCAGGCUUAACCCUUCCCAAACCAGGGGAUUGUCUUAAAAAUCAUGAGAUUUUGGGAAAGCACCCCUGCCCUGCAGCGUGGCAAUUUGCUUGCUGGUUUCUGAGCCUUUAGGUUGCUUGCGGGUCACACGUGAAAGCUUUUCUCUGCAACCAGGAAGGUGGAAACCUCGCUUUUUCCCCCCUAAAGGAAGCGGAGAGUCCAGCAGCAAGGCAAAAACCCCCCAGUAAAUAUGAUGGGAAUUGUCACUAAUGUGGCAGUGAUUGCAGCCUGAGCUUUCUGCAAAAGCCAAAGGCGCAGAGUCCAGCGGUACAUUAUAUUGGCUCCUGGGGAAUCCUCCGUCACCCGCUGUUGGGACAUGACACGUUGGGAACUGUCGUGUGUCAGAGAGCUGCAAAGGAUGAGCUUGAAUGUCCUUAACACAAAUGCUCUGUUUCCAUGUAAAAGGCCAAGGCUGCUCGGAAAGAAACUGCCCUGACUUCCCAACCUGCAGCUACUGCCCUCUUGCCCGGUCCCCUUCUCCGGGUGACCUAAGCAAACACCCGUGCAGGCUGCAGGUAGCAGAGCACAGAAGUGGGCGAGAGCAGGGUUUGCAGCGAUACAGACGCUUUGCCUGUCGGCGCAUCGCUCCAGCCAGUGCUAUUCUAGCCAGCACGUGGACAGGCUGUUGCUCGAAGGAGCUCUCUCCCGUCCCCCCUGGCUCCUUCUCUCUCCCCCCACCCCUCUUUCUCUCUCUCUUCCCUUCAGCAAAGCUGAUUGUGGAGACGGACACUUUCGGGAGCCGCGUGCGCAUCAAGGGAGCCGAGAGCGAGAAGUACAUCUGCAUGAGCAAGAGAGGGAAGCUCAUUGGAAAGCCCAACGGCAAGAGCAAAGACUGCAUCUUCACCGAGAUCGUGCUGGAGAACAACUACACGGCCUUCCAGAACGCGCGCCACGAGGGCUGGUACAUGGCCUUCACGCGCAAGGGCCGCCCCCGCAAAGCCUCCAAAAGCCGGCAGAACCAGCGGGAAGCGCACUUCAUCAAGCGCCUGUACCGCGGCCAGCUGCCCUUCCCCAACAACGCCGAGCGGCAGAAGCAGUUUGAGUUUGUGGGCUCCUCGUCGCCGACCCGCAGGACCAAGCGCACCCGCCCCCCGCGGCCUCUCACGUAGUGCCACACGCUGCCCCACCCCGCAGGGGACACGUGGGAUGCCCCCCCUGCUCUGUGUGCCCCACAGCCACGUGUGCAGCUGCUCCAUCCCGGGCAUCAUCAGACAACACGGCCUGCUGUGUGCCCGCCCCCGUGCCCACUGCCCCGGUGGCACAUAGGACUCUGCCUCUCCCACCCUGUGCCUCCCAGGCCCGUGUUGUCACCCCCCCCC